CCCAGCUCCGGAAGCCGUUGUUCCGCGCAGGAGCCCUGAGCCCGCACAGCCCCGCCCCUCCCGGCGCCCAAGCCCCGCCCCAGCGGGUUCCCGCUCGCCCGGCGCCAUGGAUCCGCUGUCGCCACCGCUCUGCACGCUGCCGCCGGGCCCCGAGCCGCCCCGCUUCGUGUGCUACUGCGAAGGGGAGGGAAGCGGGGAGGGGGACCGCGGCGACUUCAACCUCUACGUGACCGACGCCGCGGAGCUUUGGAGCACCUGCUUCACGCCGGACAGCCUGGCGGCCCUCAAAGCCCGUUUUGGCCUGAGUGCGGCUGAGGACAUCACCCCCCGGUUCAGGGCAGCCUGUGAGCAGCAAGCUGUGGCUCUGACCCUGCAGGAGGACAGAGCAUCCCUGACGCUUUCAGGGGGGCCCUUGGCACUGGCCUUUGACCUCUCCAAGGUACCAGGCCCAGAGGCAGCCCCCAGGCUGCAGGCGCUGACACUGGGCCUGGCAAAACGCGUGUGGAGCCUGGAGCGGCGACUGGCAGCUGCAGAAGAGACAGCUGCCAGCCCGAGGAAGAGCCCCCGGCCUGCAGGGCCUCAGCUCUUCUUACCAGACCCAGAUCCCCAGAGAGGUGGCCCUGGACCUGGAGUCAGGAGGCGGUGUCCAGGAGAGUCGCUCAUCAACCCCGGGUUCAAGAGAAACCAGCUGGUGGCGUGGACUUUGAUGAGACCUGAAGGUGCAGCACAAGUGUGGCCCCGCGGGGAGUCUGCCUGUGAGGGGAGAGGCAGUCUCAAGGCCCGCAUCAGAGAUCCCCCCGCCACCACCUCCACCUGCCUGUUCUGGGCCAGGACUAAAGCAGCUCCUGAAAUUCCUUCCCUGUCAAAUAAACGGCUCCCUUGGUUGGAGGCUCUGACUCCUGGCACUGGCCUGGGAAGGGAUCAGGGAACACCCCUGGGCCUGUGCUCUGGGUGUGGGGCCACAGGAUGUGAACAGAUGCUGCAGCCUCUCAGCUCCCUGGAGACUUCCUUGCUGGGCCGGAGGGAGGCCGCACCCAGGCAGGGCACGGAGCCCAGUAGGAGGAUGCAGACAGAAGUCCCGUGCAGACCCUGAGACACUGUGGAAGUGCCCUGCGGGGAGGGGAGCACCUGCCCCGGGACAGGAUUGAGGAAUGUGCCAGCCCCCAUCCACCUGGGGCACCCUGCCCCACCCCGGCCUGACUGGUUUGGGAGCCCAAUCCGGUCCUGGAGAUCCCUGAGGCCACCAGUUGCAGGAGGCCUGGAAUCUGCGCCUUCUCGGCAUGGGGGACGGGACCCGCCCGAUCCCCGGCUCUCCUGCCCCUGUGGUUCUGGGCUAUCGGGCUGAGCGUCCUACCCUGGGGUUUGGGGAUGGGAAGGGAUCACGAGACCUCUGGCCCCUCAGAUGUCAGGACAUCCUCACUCACGACAAAGAUGCCUUUAUUGGGCGACAGACGCGGGGUGGGGCGCUAGC